CUAUCCCUGCCUCCUUCGUCGCAGUUCUAACAUGAAUUCCCCGUCCCCUCACGACGAAGUUACUGUUGCCUUUACCGUGACGCUAUCAUCACCAACCCUGUCACUUCCCCUCUCCACCCCUCUGAAGGUGUUUAUCCGCCCCCGAAUCAUCAAGUCGACCCGCCCUGGCGAGCCGGUCACCCUCCUGGUGAAUGACUCGGCCCUAGAAGCGAGCGAACCAGGCCAAUGGCCAAAGGCAGUCGCAUUGGGCGCCCUCGGGCAGGGCCUACAAUCGAAGCAUGAUCCGACCCGGGUAAUCCCCUUUGGUGUCCUAAUUCCACAUUACCCUGAGCCGUAUUACAGUCCCACGAGUCUCUAUGGGAGGGGCCACUUUGUCACCCUGCCUGGAUCCGGCGACGAGGUGGUGAUUACCCAUGAGAUCACCAGAGAGCGGCUCUUCGUACGGUCGGAUCUUCGUCCCGAGGAUAUCCAAUCCGGAGAGGAAUUCCAAUUAUGCGUGAGUCGCCAUGGACGUCGAAUCGAGUGGUGGUGCUGGGGUGACUUGGAAGGGGAUUUGCAGGGGAAGAACCUACAUCCCUGGGUACAGGGGGAAGACAACAUCAAUGCGUGGCAUCCCAGGCCGAGCCCGGAGGAAAUUGAGAGAGAGAAUCAUGUCCUUGGGGGCGAUCCGGACAAGAUUCUGGUGACGGAUGAGUCUGGCUGGGUGCCGAUUACAAUAGUCAGGGACGUGGUUGGGGAUGACACUGACAGGGUUGAUGUUACCGCACUUCGGAGCUCGUGCCCCGCGCUCCAUCCAAGAUGAAUUUGUAGGAACUUGGAAAUUCUCACCUACAAAGAG